UUUAGACUAUUUGGAUGUAUUUACCCAAAAGUAUCCCAUACCUCUCAGAUUAAUUUCUCCUGUGCCCUAAUUAUUCUUCGCACACGCACGAAACGAUGUCAUCUUCAGGGCCGGAGAUUGCUGGUAAGAAGGUAACUCUUCGGAGCUCCGACGGCGAGGUUUUCGAGGUGGACGAAGUGGUGGCGCUGGAGUCUCAAACGAUCAAGCACAUGGUUGAGGAUGACUGCGCCGACAACGUUAUCCCGCUGCCCAACGUCACCGGCAAGAUCCUGUCGAAAAUCAUUGAGUACUGCAAAAAGCACGUUGACGCGGCCUCCUCCAAACCCGACGACAAGGUCUCCGCCAACGACGAUGACCUCAAGGCCUUUGAUGCCGAUUUCGUCAAAGUUGACCAAGGCACCCUCUACGACCUCAUCCUGGUAUGCUUAUCAUUAUGUUUUUUUAUUUAUAUUAAUAAUGAUUUAAUUUUUUUUAGAAUUAUUAAUUGGUGUUGACGCUAUAUUAUUGGU